AUGACCCGAGCCAUCGAGGAGGUUCCAGCGUGGAUUUCUCCAAUUGAACUUCCAGCAGAUGCGCCAGAUUCCACUGGCGAGCUGGCAGCUGUAUACCGCAACCGAAGACUUGGACCGAUUGCUUUCAACGACACCGAUAUGGGAGUUUCUGCAUUUCUAGUCUCGGAGCGGCGUAAGUGGGCGCGAUGGGACAUUGCCGGAUUGGCGCCAUCUGGCGACGACCAAUUGCUUUUGCCUAAUAGAGUGUUCGCAUUCGUACUAAGGAACAGAAAAUGGGCAUGUCUUCCCAUCAUCCACGAUAUCCAUGGGAACGACCUACUCCAACCCAUUACGAAUCCUCCAGAACCAUGGAACGAUCUUGAGUUGCCGACAGGUCACAAAGAGCUCGUUCAAUCACUCAUAAAGUCCCACUUCUCCCAAGACAAGUCACGAAAAAUGCAUUUGGAUCUUGUGAGAGACAAAGGGCGAGGGGUCAUCAUUUUGUUGCAUGGUGUGCCUGGCGUUGGAAAGACUUCAACAGCCGAAUGUGUUGCUCAAGCUUACAGUCGGCCGUUGCUCCCUAUUACAUGUGGGGAUCUUGGCCUUCACCCAAACGAAGUAGAGUCGAAACUGCAAGAAAUCUUUCGUUUGGCUCAUGCUUGGAAUUGUGUAUUACUUCUUGAUGAGGCAGACAUAUUUCUCGCCCAAAGAACAACUACCGACAUGCAGCGGAAUGCUCUGGUUUCUGUGUUUCUUCGUGUUCUAGAGUACUAUGAAGGCAUUCUUUUCUUAACCACUAAUCGGGUUGGGACGUUCGAUGAAGCCUUCAAAUCCAGGAUCCACAUGUCUCUUUAUUACCCCCCCUUGGCAGAGAUUCAGACAGCAAGGAUAUGGAGCAGCCACAUCAGGAAGGUUAAGGCGAACGGAGUCCAGAUUGACGAACAAGAUAUUCUCGCGUUCGCCCAGCAAAUAUGGACCAUCCAAGGCCGCCCAGAGCGAGGGCCGGUUUGGAACGGGCGACAGAUUCGCAAUGCUUUUCAAAGCGCCAUUGCACUUGCAGGCUACCACACCGAGACGGGAGAACAAAUUCAUCUCACAAGGGAGAAUUUUCGUCGCGUCGGAGAAGUCUCGGAUCAGUUCAGUCGCUACAUCUACAAGACGAAGCUAAGUCACACGGAUGCAGACCUCAACCGCGCUGGCGGAAUCCGUCGUGACGAAUUUGGAAGUGACCCGAACACCCGGCCAGCGGUUUCUUGGGGAGAGAGUCAAGUUAUCGAUCCGUUCUUCAAAUCUGACCCUGCUCCUCAACCGCAGAGACCGAACGUGCAAUUCGGAGGAUCGGCUCAGGCGGCUAGGUUUCAAACUGUUGCGCAAGACCCCUUUCGUCAACCGACGUACUCGGCCUCUCCUUGGCAAGUGACGACGCAGCCCCAGCAGCAGCAGCAGCCGCCGCCGCAACAACAGUAUCCGCAACAGUCGCAACAAGCGUUUCUACAACAGCAGGCUCCGCCUGCACAUGUACAGGCAGCAACACAUCAGAUGUUCUCUCCACAGCAAAUGGGUCAGCCUCAAGCACAUCAGCAGUCACAGCCAACGCAUUCUCAACCUGGACUUGUGGCAGGGUCUGUCCCGACCAGCUAUGAGCAGCAAAUGCCCCAUCCUCAGCAGCCAGAAUUUGGAACCGCCCAUCAACCAGUCUCCCAUACCCAGAUGCCGGGCAAACCGAAUUCUCAGGGUCACACAGGUUCACCGCCAUGGCAAAUGUCUUAG